UUUGUUUAUAAUGGCGGGUUCGUAGAUGGACAAAGUAAGCGGUCCGGCGCAGCAAGGGGGCGUGAUGGAGUGGGUGCGCGUGCACUCGAAGCAGGCCGCCAUGCUGUGGCUCGCUGGUUUCAAAGAGGCCUGUUGCUUUCACAGGCUCCUCUUCUUCUUUCGCAGGUCAAGGACAUUAGUGGCCAAGACUGGCAAGUGCUUCGCUUUGAACGGAUUGAUUUUCUUAGGAAGCAUAUGGCUUGUUCGCUCGCUUAUAACACCGAUGCUAUUGUGGAUCUUGCCUGAUCAAUGGCAACAUGACGAUUUUGGAGCAGGAAAAGAUAUUUACAAAUAUUACUCUUUCAUGCGCUCCGUCCUUAUUAGCCUUUUUUAUGUGUUCUGGUUUUAUCCCUUGUACAUUUCAAGCUAUAUAAUUAGCAUUGGCUGGUAUAAUGACAUUGCCCAGAGUGCGUUUCAUGUUAUUGGAGGUGUUGGGCAUAAAACGGCACAACCAUCAGGGCAAAAUGAUUUGUCCAAUGCAGUGAAUCAUGUUGGCAGGCCAGAUGGAUUUGAAGGGAUUGUAUAUGGAUUUGGAGAGCAAGUCUAUUCAUUUCUUAUGCUGAACAUUUUUUACAUUGAGGUUACAGCUCUUGGGUUCAUCCCUUAUGCUGGAAAAUUAAUGAAUUUCCUCCUCCUUUCCUGGAUGUAUGCCUACUACUGUUUUGAGUACAAGUGGAGUCUUUCUGUACAGGGCUUAGACAAAAGGCUUAAUUUCUUUGAAACAAACUGGGCUUUCUUUGCAGGAUUUGGUAGUCCAUGUGCCGUGGUGACUUUCCUUUUUUCUCAACUUGUCGGUUAUGCAAUAAUGGCUACACUCUUUCCAUUUUUUAUGCUUGCUGCUACUGCCAGUCAUGUUGAUCAGGUUAUAGAUUCUCAAAAACGAUCAUGGGAAAAUGAGGGACCACCAAGGCUUCCAGUAUUUUAUGCUGCUAAUGCGUUAUCAUUGCACAUUAUGCGAUGGUUGACUGAGCUGCAGAAACAGAGCCAAACAAAGCACAAAAUGGAUGAGUAGUCUCUAUUAAAUUGCCAUCCUAAACAAGGGAUGCCUUAGUGUUAAUAUUUUCCGUUUUGCAGAAGCAUGAGACGAAUAUCUUCAUCAAUGUGAAGCUGCUUGAAGUUGGUCGCUGGAAGGCAUUUUUGUGAAUCUAUCCUUUCCACUAUUUCAUUAUGAAUGCCGGCGUGUAUAUGUGUAAAUAUGACAGGUGAUUUUAUUCAUACAGCGACUGUUGGUUGUGUUAGGAACUGGUAGGACUCAUACGGUAUUUAUAAAUCAUGGUUGUGCUGUAUUUUUU